GAAGGGAAAGCGUAAAAAAAAAAAAAUAUAGUAGAAGGUAACAGUUCGUCCCUGAACCUUCCUCCACCGCUACACCAUUUUCUUCCAUCGUUCUCAUUCCGGUGUACCCUCCACAAGAACUCUCGCUCAUCAUAACCCAGAGCUAAGCCACCGCGUAGGAACUAGGAACCACCCAUUUCAGAAUUAGUGUUUAAAUGGAGGACUUAUCAAGGAAUCAAAUUUUCGCUCUUCAUGGGAUUACUGGUACUGGGUCAAUUGCUUUAGCCACUGCUUUAACCUAUCCUCUUGACACUAUCAAAGUUCUUACUCAGGUUAUAGCUUUUUCAACUCUCAUAAUUAGCCACUACCAAUGUGAUUAUGCUUAUACCAAUCUUUUGUUUGUUGAUUCAAAGGUUGGUUCUAUUGCUGGUAAAGAAUUGAAUGCUAACCAGGUUGUUUUGAGAGUACUCUCUGUGUCAGGGAAUAAAGGUUUGUUCAGUGGUUUUGGGUGGUUGGCAUUUGGAAGGGUUUUUGGUACAGGAGCACGAUUUGGGGUUUAUGAAAUCCUGACAGCCUAUUGUAAAGAUGGUCGGGAAGAUAAUUAUGUCAGUGCUUCUGAGGCUCUUUUGGCUGGCAUGGUUGCUGGUGCCACAGAGACAUUCAUAAGCUCUCCAUUUGAACUCAUCAAGCUUCGUAUGCAAGUUGCCGCUGCUUCAUAUGUUCCAAGCUCUAACUUUGCUUUGGAAGAGGGGGCUCGCAAACCGCUAAUUGCAAGAUUACUCAAUGGCUGUUAUCCAGACAAGAGGUCUUUGAAUCAAUAUGUUGGUCUCAUGUCUACCCUAACAACCAAGAACACUAACAUAACAGGUGAUUUACUGGAGUAUCCCUGGGCAAUGACAGGAUCUGGGAGGCCACCGUCAGUUUGCAAUGUGAGAAGACCAUUAGACAUUAUAUCUUUGGAAGGAUGGAACACAUUGUGGAGAGGUCUCCGAUCUGGAAUUGUUCGAGAUUCUGUGUUUGGUGGUGUAUUUUUUUCGAGUUGGCAAUUUUUGCACCAAAUAAUGCUUGAUUGGAAGGCUGCAGGGAUGAAUCCUCAACCCAGGUUAAAUCAAGAUAUUCCUCCGUUGUCUCCUUUGGCUGUUACUCUUGCUGCUGGAUUUUCUGGUUCAGUUGCUGCUGCUGCUUCUCAUGGUUUUGAUACUGCUAGAAGUAGAUCACAAUGUACUGUGCUGCCAAAGUAUGUCUCAAUGGAGAGAAAGUUACUGAAAUGGAAACAACCAGGAAACAGGUUUCAAAGAUAUACUGGGAUCCAUCCUUCUGACAGGAAUAUCUUGUUCCGUGGUCUCGGUUUGCGGAUGGCUCGCUCUGGUGUUGCAUCAUUCAUGAUUGUAGGAAGUUAUUUAUUUGUUGUUGAUCAUCUUGCCUCUAGUUUGACAUAAUUGGCACAAAUUGAUACCUAAUUUUUGUUAGUAUUUAGUGUUUCUAUAUUUUCUCCUAGAGAAGAAGAGCACAUAAUUUUGGCUUGCCUCUUUGUACUAGUCAGUAAAGAGAAAAUAGAAAGGAGAUAAUACUUGAUUCUUACCACAUCUUAAUCUAUAUUGUUGUGAAAUCAAUACUCAGAUUGUAACUUAUAAAUAGACAGAGAAACUCUGCAUUUGAAUAACAAAGGAAUUAAUUGCUGAA